CGGCGCUCCUUGGCCGCCCCCGUCUCGGCGCUCGGGGCAUCCGCGGCAGCGCAGCGAGGGAGCGCCACUGCCGCGCCAGCCCCGCGGCUCCUGCCGGGCUCCGGGGCACUAAAACAUGCGGGUUUUUGUAAAGGAGGGGGUUUAACAAGGGGCCUGGAGCCUGGCCAGCGCCUCGCCUCUGUGCCGAGCAGGGACUCCCCCGCGCCGGGGCGGAGCGGGCUGAGUCACCCGCGGAGCGGGGCAGCCCUCCCGAGCCGGGCUGCGGAGCCCCACGUGUCGGGGGAUUUAAAAGAGUUGGGGCAGCGAGCGAGGGCAUGCCCAGCAGAGCGGCUGGCAGAGCGGAGCUCGGCGGACAUGGGACACGUGUGCCACCAGCAGCGCCCCGCGGGCACCCCCGAGCGCAGCCCGAGGAAGGGAGGGGACGGCGCGGCGCUGCCCGGGGCCCCGCUGCUCCUCCUCUUCGUCCUCCUCGCUUCCUCGAUUUCUGCUUGCAAAGGUGCACCAAUGCCAUCCCAAGCACUUGAAUCAGAUGAGGAUCUGCAGCUGUUGAAAGAGAUAGACGAUGCAUGUUCUGCUUACCUGUCCACAGAUUCUCAGCCUCAGGUAUCCAGUACACUGGAAGAACUCUGUUUUCUGAUCAUGGGAUUUCUCCAGAAACCACAGGGUUUAGAUGAGAAAGACAACACCAAAAGGUUCUUAUUUCAUUAUUCUAAGACUCAUGACUCGGGCAACUCAGACAUCAUGUCAUCUGUCCUGCAUCCUUUACUGCAACUCGUUCCUCAGCUUAAUGAGAGAAGACUGAAGAGAUACAAACUGGACGAAGAACUUCAAGGACCUGGAGGGAUUCAAAGCAGAGGCUACUUCUUCUACAGGCCACGUAAUGGAAGGAGAUCAGUGGGUUUUCGCUAAGGAGGAUUAUAGAUUCCUGACUUAGAACUAAAACUGCAGGAAUGCUGAGUACAUGGACAUAUUGUUUUCCUUACAAUAAUUAUUCAUUAUUAAUGUACAAUUAGAAAUCCUUCGAAUGUAAAUAUUCUUAAACCAGAUUCUGUUAAGAAGGUCUUUACUAUCUUGAUUAUAUUAAAAGCAUAUUAAAAGUAUUUGUUUCCCAGUGUUAUGAUGUUUACAACCACAUGUAAUUCAACUGUAAGAGUCAGUGUCUGCACACAACAGACAUUGCCUCUAACAACCCUGUUAAGCAAAUUUCCCCUUCUAAACAAAGGCCCUCAGCCAGACAGUUGUUUUAAUGAGAA